CUUGUUUGCGCGCACGGGUUCUCCCAUAUGAACUGCAUGAAUGCUUUCGUUUCUAUAGGUGCUUCCGUAACCAUAUCCACAGUGAUCUGGGUGGGGUUUCGCGUGAGGAGCCGCUGGACAGUCACUAGUCAGAGGCGACACAUUUAUUUAUUCGCACGUCUUGGCCGCGCCUUUGUCUGGUUGAUGGUAACGUACUCUCGAACACUUACAACAUGCUGCAGCGUUUUUAUGGACUUGUUUAUCUUUCAGCAGUUUUACUGUUUGUGACUCUCACAGGUACACAAGCUGAAUGUCCUGUUCAGCUCAACCCACAGAGAGCUGUUGUGAGAUACAGCGGUUCUGUAGCAGUUAACUGUAGCGCUUCAGUCCCACAUAAAGGGAUGGGAUGGGAAGCCAGUGAGGGAGCAGUGACCAUGACCAGAGACAGUCUGAUCACAUGGAGAGUGUCAAAUCUGAUAGAAUGGGACAUACAGCCAUUCUGCUACAUAAACCAUGAGAAACAGUGUCAAGUAGAGCUCCCAGUCACUAUUUACAAGACUCCAGACAGUGUGUCCAUCAGCAUUGUGGAUCACAGCGGACCAAUGAUAGAGGGAAAGCAGUAUGAGCUCCGGUGUGAUGUUCACAAUGUGGCUCCAGUUCAGGAUCUCACUGUCAAAUGGUACAAAGGACAGACUCUGCUGAAUCAAACCACUUUCAUUGAGAAUAGCAAGACUCCAGUGAAUGAAACCACCACACUCCUGAUCCGUCCAGACAGAGCUGAUGAUGGAGCUCAAUACAGGUGUGAAGCAGAGCUGGAACUGGGAGCAGAAGGACCUCAACCUCCUCCAAAAGAAACAUCAGGACGUCUUAAUGUUGAGUUGUACUAUAAACCAAAACACUUCAAUUCAACAGAGACCAUCAUUAAAAACGACGAGGUUACGCUAAACUGUACAGUGAAGGCAAACCCGGCUCCUACGUACACAUGGCACUCAGAGCAUCUGAAAGAGGAGAUCAGCUUCUCAGUGCUCCAGGCCUCCACAGUCCUCCUCAGUCCAGGAAACUACACGUGCACUGCCACAAACUCUCUGGGAAGUGACAGCAAAGUGUUCAUCAUCAAAUCUGAGCAAACAGACAGAACCACAUUCUGGGCUAUUGUUUUAUCCGGCGUGGCGGUUGCACUGGUGUUAAUCGCCACUUAUGUGAUAUUCAAGAUCAGGUGUUCCAACAAUUCUGUCAUUUGAUGGACAAGAGAUGACGCCAGAGGGGUACCUUCUCCUCAGGGAGAUCAUGAAAAACUUGAUUAUUAUGGGUUAUUCUAUAACGGAAUAGGCUAGUUCACCCAAAAAUAAAAAUUUGCUGAAAAUGUAAGUCCAU